AUGCACCAACCGUCGACCUUCCUCUCCACCCACACCACUUCCCCAUCCCACCCACAAACACCGCCCUCCGCUCUACCCCCAAAACAACAAUACCUCCGCUGGACAUUCUCGCAACUGGCCACCGCCUCACACACUCUAGCCCGUUCUCUCGCCGCUUCGGGAAUCAAACCUGGAAACAGGAUUGUGGCUUUUGUUACCAAUGGUGCUGAAUGGCAUGUUUUCUUCAGAGCAAGUUUGGAGUUGGGAUGUGCUUUUGCUCCGUUGAAUCCCAAGACGGCGAGUAAUGCUGCGGAAGCGAGGCAUUUGAUGGAGAUGCUGUAUCCAUCUGUUGUUUUGGUGCAAGACCCGGCUGUUGCAAAGAAGCUGGAAAGCAUCGCCAAUGUGCGCGUGAAGCUGUUCUCUCCUCUUGAAAAGGAGAUGACCACGCCCCCGAGCUGGGAAGACUUGAGCUCCUUCAUGGACCGGGCGAAGCCUUUGCCUUCUGAUCUUGUGGAGAAGAUGAACAUCAAGAGGAAAGACGGAGACGUUGUUGUCGUGCUCAUGACUUCCGGUACAACGAACCUGCCAAAAGGGUGCCCUAUCACCAACCGAGGUUAUGUUUCACAAAUCAGGGCUAUAAGCCUUAUGAUCGAGUUAGAGAAGGACGACACGAGAAAUAGUCUCAACCAUUCAAUACCAUUCCAUAUCAUGGGCGCGAACUCCAGCCUGACGUGCCAUGCUGCUGGUCUCAAGGUCGUUCAUCCCGCUGCUGCUUUCUCUGCUCAAUCGAGUAUUGAAGCUAUCAAACUAGAGCGCUGUUCAGACAUCCCCGGUGUCCCGGCGAUAGCCCAUGCGAUGAUUGCUCACGAGAGCUUGAAGGGUGUGGAUACAACAUGUGUGAAGAACGUUAUUCUUGGUGCGGCGACGAUCUUGCCAGAGACACUGAGGAUUGCGAUGAAGGGGCUCGGAGCGGAGAGAGCGAGUGAGGGGUACGGGAUGACGGAGAUGGGGUCGUGUGUGAUGCAUCCAGUCACGGCUGGGGUUGCGAUUCCGGAGGCAAAGGUCAGAGUUUGUGUUCCUGAUAGCAAUGGUGAGGUAAUUCCCCGGGGAGUAGCAGGAGAACUUCACGCUGGAGGGCCUCAGAUUAUCAAGGAGUACUGGCUUGGUGCUACUAAGAGGAGCACAGAUGCGUUUUAUGAUGAUCAUGAAGGACGUUGGAUUAGGACUGGUGAUCAGGCUGUUAUGGAUGAGAAUGGCGAGAUCAAGAUCGUGGGCCGGUACAAGGAUAUGAUUAUUCGUGGCGGGGAGAAUAUUUCUCCUAGUGCGAUUGAAUCGCUAUUGUUGAGCCGCUUCGAUUUGAUGGCUGAGAUUGUUGCUUUGCAAGAUGAGAUCGCGGGGGAGAUUCCGAUUGCUAUUGUAAAAAAGAGGGAGGGGCAAGAGGUUGAUCCGUUUAAAGUUAGGGAGCUGCUUGUGAAAGAGUUGGGUGCUGCUUGGGUGCCGGAAGAGAUUAUUGAUGUGGAAAGUUUGGGUGUUGACGACUACCCGAGAACCACGACUGGCAAAGUUCAGAAGAACAAGCUGAGAGAAAUUUUCAUGAAGCAACGAGAAAGCCAAAGCACGAUUGCUGCUGGUGAAAGUAUGCUGGAUAUGCUGUUGAGGUUGUGGACGAAGCUUUUGGGUCUUCGUCCUAACACACUGACCGCUGAGAGUUCGGUUCAUGAUUGGGCAGACUCAUUGAUUCUGGCUCGAUUCUCCGCAGUGCUGCAUCGUGAAGCUGGACACCAGAUCACCUUAUCCGAGCUCAUGGAGCACGGGACACUUGCCGCACAAGCAAAGCUCUUGUCGGGCCGUGGAUCCUCAGCAGGAAGCAUCUCUGAACUCAAGCCGAAGCGGGACGGUCCUCCCACUGUCGACGACAUGGCCCAUGCCCGCGGUGAUCCGGCCAGAGCAAAGCGAACCGAGGAAUUGGCCAACAAAACUCUCUCACCCAUCGGUCUCAGCUGGAAAGAUGUCGAAGACACGAUCCCUAUGAACAUCAUCCAAGAAAUGUUCAUGGAAUACAAGCGUCCGCAAACCAACAAUCAUCGUCACGCAUGGGCUUGUCCUGGUUCUAACAUGUCAGGGUUGAAGGAAGCAAUUGAGGCAGCAGUCACUCACCACAGCAUGCUCCGAACAAUGGGCCUCUACUUUGACAAUACGACUUCCAUGCACUUGACGAUUCGACCCUCGGCAAAGUGGUUCUCGCACUGCAUUACGUUCGUCGACCCCGUCGAGACCGCCGAAGAUCUCAACACCCUCGUCUACAACGACCCCAAGCUCGACUACGCCGCCUUCCCUGGCCCUCUCUUCCGCUUCGUAAUCACGCACAUCAAAGACGAGAAUUGUGCCGGGCUCGUCUACAUGGCGCAACACUCUGUCUUCGACGGCGUCUCCCUCCCCUUAUUCAUCGAAGACUUGAACACUCUUCUCGUUUCCCCCGCAGCUGUGCUGAAACCACACGUCCCCUAUAAAGCAUGGGCAGACAACUACUACAACGGUCAAGAUUCCGUCAUCGCUCACACACAUGUAGCCUGGCAAGCCCAGCGCCUCCGGGGCAUCUCCUUAAAUCCCGCAACGCUGUUCCCCAUCCAACGAGCACCAGAAUGGUUCAAGGGCUCCAGUAUCGGCUGGAUCGACUCCAAAACCGGGAAACCAGGCCAACCGAGAAAGUCUCUCGACGCCAACCCCACCGGAGCAAAAGGUCUCUUCAUCCAAGGCAAGCUCCCCGAUAUCCAAGCCCUUAAGAUCCAGCACGGAGUCGAAGGGUCUCAAAUUGUGAAAGCCGCCUUAGCUGUUGUGACAACGAAGUACACGAAGCAGGAAUACGCAUUGUUCGGACAAAUGCAGGCGGGUAGGACGUGGCCGUUCUUGCUUCCAUGGCAGGUGGAGAGAAUGCCGCCAGCUAUGGACGUCGAUGGUCCUGCCGUGCAAAGAACAAUAAACCGUAUCCCUGUCAACUCUGAAGAAACCGUACUCUCGAUGUUGAGCAGGCUGCAGGCGGAGCAGCUGAAUUUGAAUAAACAUGCGUAUGCGCCGCAGCAUCACUUGAUUGCGGCGAUGGAGAGGGAAAAGGAGGGAGAAGGAGCGUUUCUGACGGAUGCGCUUAAGAGGCAGAUUUUCAAUUGGUUGCCUGUUCCUCCAAGCUGGGAGUUGAAGGGGUUGAGGAAGGUGCAGAUUGAAAGUAGGGCGGAUUGUGGGUUGUUGUGGAAUUUCGUGAUGGUGGAUCAGACGACGACGAUGGUUAAUCCUACUUGGGACGAUGCGCAGUUGAGGAAGAGUGAGGUGGAGGAGAUGGCGAGGGAGAUUUUGAGAGUUGCAGAGGAGUUUGCGACGAUAGGGAAUUGGGGGAAGAAGGUAGGGAGUGUGGUUUGAGGAUGAGGGAAAGGGAAAGAGAAACGGGAGAUGGAAAAUGUUCUUGUAUUUGCACCGUUGAAAUUUAGUCUCCAAUUUUGU